AUGGAUGCCAAGAGAUUGAGGUGGGAACAAGCUGGACAGGGUCAGGUGUUCAAAUGGUUUGAUAAGUUGACCGGUGAUCAAAAGAAACAGUUGGAGGAUGAUAUCAAUGAGAUUGAUGUAGAUCAGAUUAACAACAUAUAUAAGAAGUUACUUGAGGAUAAAGUUACACAAAAGAUAAACCUUACAUAUCAUGGAUUUGAGAAUGUAAAGACAUUGGAUUCAUUGACUGAUGAACAAAAGACACGUUGGCAAUCGAUUGGAUACCAAUUGGUAUCUGAAGGAAAAGUCGGAGUACUGUUGCUUGCCGGUGGUCAAGCCACCCGUCUUGGAACACUUGUUCCCAAAGGUCAAUAUGAUAUUGGAUUACCAUCAAAGAAAUCAUUGUUCCAACUUCAGGCUGAGAGAGUGUUGAAGCUUGAGACUUUGGUAAAGAAUCACUUUAAGCUGGCGACGAUCAAGCCUGUGCAGUGGUACAUCAUGACGAGUAGAGCGACUCACGAUCCAACCAUCAAGUUCUUUGAGGACAACUCAUACUUUGGCCUGAAGAAGGAUUCAUUCUUUUUCUUCCAGCAGACGAUGAUACCCUGUGUGACACCAGAGGGCAAGAUCAUCAAUGAGAGCUGCUGCAAGGUGUCGCUGUCGCCAAAUGGCAAUGGUGGCCUCUAUCACUCACUGGUGACGAGUGGCGCCAUCGAGGACAUGCGUGCCAAGGGCGUCCAGUACGUCUCGCAGUACUGCGUCGACAACGUGCUGAUCAAAAUGGUCGACCCACUGUUCAUCGGAUUCAUGCACGACAGCGGCAGCGACUGCGCCGCCAAGGUCGUCGCCAAGAUCGACCCAGAGGAGCCCGUGGGAGUCAUGGCGCUCGAGAACAACAAGCCAUGCGUGCUCGAGUACAGUGAGAUCGACAAGGAGUCCAAGUACCUGCGCGAGGCCAACGGCCGUCUGACAUUCAACUACGCUCACAUCUGCAUCAACGCGUUCAGCUUUGAGUUCCUGGACCGUCUGAGCAAGGAGGGUCGCACGACGCAGCUGCCCUACCACGUGGCCUUCAAGAAGAUCCCAUGUGCCGACGACGCCGGCCAGCGCAUCAAUCCCGACGCCAACAAUGGCUGGAAGAUGGAGAUGUUUGUCUUUGACGUGUUCCCCUACUCCAAGCACAUGGUCUGUCUAGAGGUGGACCGCAGCGAGGAGUUCUCGCCACUCAAGAACAACGCCGGAAUGGCCGUGCCCAAGGACUCGCCAGAGACCUGUCUCCAAGACAUCUGUCGACUGCAUCGUCGCUAUAUCGAGCGUGCCGGUGGCAAGCUGGACGACUCCAACUCAAACCUUAUCGAGGUAUCACCUCUCGUUUCCUACGCUGGUGAGUCACUAGAGUCUCGUGUCCAAGGACAUCAAUUCACUCUUCCACAUCAUAUUGAAUGA